UACGGUUUUACUCUCAUCUGAUCUCCAGAUAAGAAAAAGUGUAGUAUCUUAUCUCUCUCUUCACCGCCCUUAUCUCGACGCACAUUUGGCAGACAAUUACCUGCUUCACUCGACGGAGCGGCGAUACAGUGUUACGAUCCACAGGAUAUCAGCUUGAACACAGAAGGACAGCGCUUGCCUAAUAUAAAGAAGCUCAAAUACGGCAUUGCAUAUAUCGCGCCAUUUCAGACCUCAACAUGUCAGAUAUCGAGAAGGGACUCCAGCCUCUUGAUGCCCCUAAGGUUUCAGACUCAUACGAGGGUCUCCCUACCGUUGAUGCGGGAGUUUAUUCUGGAAAGCACAACGCUGGAGAACCGACCAGUCGCUGGGCGAAAUUUGAUGAGCUGAAUAGGAAGUUGGAGCACAAGAUGGGUAUUGAGUCGAGAGGCAUCGAACGCGUUUCUGAGUCUGAUCGUACGGAUACGCGACUUCAUGGAAACCUUUUCAUAUGGGCAAGUGCCAACACGGUGCUGCCUACGCUAGGCGUCGGUAUCCUUGGUCCACUCCUUUUUGGCCUUGGCCUGGGAGAUUCGAUGUUGUCAGUCUUUUUCUUCAACGCUGCUACCGCCUGCAUUCCGGCUUUCAUGUCUACUUUCGGACCCAAACUUGGCCUUCGUCAAAUGACUUCAGCGAGGUACUCGUGGGGUUUCUGGGGGGCAAAGUUAGUAGCCUUACUCAACUGCAUCGCGUGUGUUGGCUGGUCCAUCGUAAACACCAUAUCUGGCGCUCAAACCCUUGUGGCGGUCUCCGAAUACAAGAUCUCCGCUGCGGUGGGCGUUGUAAUUAUUGCCCUCGUCACACUUUUCAUUGGCCUCUUUGGCUAUCGAUUUGUACACCAAUAUGAAAGAUACUCUUGGUUACCUACUUUCAUCACAUUCCUUGUCAUGCUUGGUGUGUCGGCGAAGCAUUUGGCAAAUGUGCCUUGGGGAGUUGGUCAGGCAGAAGCCGCCGGAGUGUUAUCCUUCGGUGGAACCAUAUGGGGUUUUGCCAUCGGUUGGUCUUCACUUUCAAGCGAUUUCAAUGUCUAUAUGCCAGCGGAAGCCAAGAGCUGGAAGGUUUUCGCCUGGACGUAUACGGGAUUGAUCUUUCCUCUUGUGCUGGUUGAAUGGCUCGGUGCUGCUAUAGGUUGCGCUGCUUUGGUCGUCACCGACUGGAGUGACGCCUAUCACGAGCAUGAACUUGGUGGUCUUGUUGGUGCCGUAUUCAUCCCUUCUAUGCACAACGGAGGGAAGUUUUUCAUGACUCUUCUAGUGCUAUCUGUCGUCGCCAAUAAUACCGUGAAUGUGUACUCUAUGGGUUUGAGUGUAUCUGUGAUUUCCAACUGGUUGGCUGCUAUUCCUCGACUUGUGUGGCCAUGCGUGAUUACUGCCAUUUAUAUCCCAGUAGCUAUCGUGGGUGCAAGCUCAUUUGCUACCUCUCUCGAAAACUUCCUCAACGUCCUCGGAUACUGGCUUUCUAUCUAUGCUACUGUGGUAAUUGAAGAACAUUUCAUCUUCCGCAAAGGGCGGUAUGAAAAUUACGAAGCGGCCAGCACUUGGAACAGAUCUGACAGAUUGCCUGUGGGAUUUGCCGCUAUCGCUGCCGGCUGCUGUGGAGCUGCUGGUGCUGUUUUAGGCAUGGCUCAGGCGUGGUUCACUGGUCCCAUUGGUAAAAAGGUCGGCGGCACGGCUGACCCGUCCGGUGGUGAUAUUGGAUGGCUCUUAGCAUUCGCCUUCACUGGUGUUACUUAUCCUGCGUUCCGAGUACUCGAAAAGAAAUGGCUCCGUCGAUAAGGUCUGCCGACUAUAGAUUUCAAUUUCCGUAAUUUUGCUUUAGAUUGUUUUACAGUCAUUAGAUCAGUACUUAUCCUGCGUUCCCAAUACUCAAAUAGAAAAGGCCCCGUCGACAAGACCCGCCGACUAUGUCUUCAAUUUUGGUAGUUUUGUUUUAGAUUUGUUUUACCAUUAUUAGAUCAGUUGUUGAAGGGUGAGAUGCCUGCCUGUGAAGGCCUAAUGACUUUACGGAUAUCCAGGGAUUGAGGAGUAUAGGGUGGGGAUGUCGAAGCAUAAAUCUGAUAUGCAUUGACAUAAGCUCUU